AUGGUGCCCGCAGCAGACAUCAUGGCUGUCGACGAGACAAAACGGCUCGUGGGUAACAGGGCAGGGUUGGGGAUUCUCCAAACCCUGGAGUCCAUGCAGCAGCGUUUGACCUCCAUCGAGCAGGAGCUCAAGCAGCUCCGCGAAGAGACCAGGCAGUUCCGCGAAGAGGCCAAGCAAUACCGCGAAGAGGCCAAGCAAUACCGCGAAGGGGCCAGGCAGUUCCGCGAAGAGGCCAGGCAGUUCCAUAAAGAGGCCAGGCAGGACCAUGGAGUCACUUAUGAACACCAUAUCAGAACCUGGAUGUUGCUUCGGGGGCCCAUCUAUAAGUCUCGCGAUCUCGACAUUCUGCGAUUCCUUGCAAAUAAUGAUGCCUUUCAGUUUGCUAUAUGGGCUGGCGUGUUCGAGCUGAUAUACGGCAUACCGUACGGCCAUGGCAAGCUCAUCUCUCGCCGGUCAAAGGUGGUGCGACUGGUGAACGCCCGCGCCGACCUCACACUACUCGACAGUAAGAAUACCGAAGACCUGCGAAAGUGCAACGCCAUUAUCAAGUUCUGGAAGACUGCCAUCGACAGCGAGUACGAUCCCGAAGGGAUUUUCAGGAUUCCAGCUGUUGCGGACAUGAGCGUCCUCAGACGGGCCUUGCUCUACGUCCCCGGCUCCUCGCAGCGCAUGCUCGACAAGUCCCGAAUGCUCUCCGUCGACUGCAUCGCCUACGACCUCGAGGACAGCGUCACCCCCUCGAAGAAAGCAGAAGCCCGCCGCCUGGUGCGCGCCGCUCUCGACCUGCCCUCGCCCGCCGGCGUCAGGGAGCGGGCCGUACGCAUCAACUCUGUCGGCAGCGGGCUGGCCCUGGCCGACCUGACCGAAGUGCUAACGGCGUCUCAGCUCAAAUCUCCCAACCUCUCGACGCUGGUAGUCCCCAAAGUCGACUCUGCUUCAGACCUCACCUUCAUAUCGGACGUGAUAUCCCAUACGUCCUCCUCCACAAAGCAGAUAUCAAUACUGGCUCUGGUGGAAAGCGCAAAGGCAAUAACCAAUCUCUCGCAAAUAUGCACCGCUACGCCCCUCCUGUCCGGCCUGAUCUUCGCCGCCGAAGACUUCGCGCUCGACCUGAGCAUAACCCGUACCCCGUCGCUGAGUGAAUUCCUCUAUGCAAGAAGCGCCAUCGUUACGGCUGCCAGAGCCCACGAGCUACCCUCCGCAAUUGACCUGGUCUGCACAUCGUACAAGCAAGACGGUGGCAUUGACGGUAUGUCGGUGUUAGAAGAGGAGAGUCGAUCCGGCAAGAGGCUGGGCUUCAAUGGGAAGCAGUGCAUCCACCCUACGCAGGUUGAGAGGGUGCAGGGGAUUUUUGGACCGGAGGAGAAGGAAGUCGAGUGGGCUGUGAGGGUUGUUAUUGCGGACGAGAAGGCUGCGAGGCAAGGGAGGGGAGCCUGGACGUUGGACGGGAAGAUGAUUGAUGUCCCUGUUGCAGAGAAGGCGAGGGCGAUUGUGAGGAAGGCUGAGGCCUGUGGGAUUGAUGUCGAGAGUGUCAAGGGCCGGUGGAAGCAUCAGGAGCCCGAAUAG